AUGGAUUCACUUGCCUCAGUUUCUCCAUCUAUGGUUUUCCCUCUCCCUGUACGACGUCGGCGAGUCGUAACUUCAUCAUUUUUCUCUAGUAACCGCCAUCUUCUUCCUCCCGGACUUUCUUCUUUUUCCUCUGUAUCACACCCCCUCGAAUUUUCUAGAAGGAGUAGUAGAUCAAGGAGACGAGUUUCUUGUAAAUUAUCGAGCGGCAGUGGAGGUGGAGAUGCAAAAGAAGAAGAAGGAAACAACAGCAACGAUGAUGGAAGUGAGGAAGUGGAGAGAGCGCUUCAUUUAGAUGGCACAAUUCCAGGGACUUCAGAUGAGUUUGUGAAGCAGGUGUCUUCUCGUGCUUAUGAUAUGCGUAGACAUCUUCAACAGAGUUUUGAUAGUAGCAGUUAUGAUGUGCUGGAUGCCAAUCCAUGGAGAGAAACCUCAAAGCCUGUGUAUGUACUCACUCAAAGAGAAAACCAGUUGUGCACAAUGAAAACUCGAAGAAAUCGCAGUGAAGUUGAGAAUGAGCUUGGGCUGCUGUUUUCCAAAGGAGGAAAGCGGAGAUCUGAAAUAGGAAGUCAGGCUAAGCAGUCGAGAAGAGGGACAAAGUUCCAGAUGCUUGUGGAGGAUGUUAGGGAGGGAGUGCUUGUUUUUGAAGAUGAAAAUGAAGCUGUAAGAUAUUGUGAUUUACUCCAGGGAGGAGGUAAAGGUUGUGAAGGUGUUGCAGAAAUUGAAGCCUCAUCGGUAUUUGAUCUAUGUCAGAAAAUGAGGGCUCUUGCUGUUCUAUUCCGUCGGGGUAGGACACCUCCUCUGCCUCAAAGCCUUGAGCUUAACUUGAGGGCUCGUAAGCGGUCCCUUGAAGACCAAGAGGACUUGGUGUGA